AUGGAUACCGAAAUGAGCUUAUCUCCAAUGCCAGCGGCCCAGUCUGUUCCGGCAUCACCCUCACCGGGGCCUCGAAAACGCUCUAUCCACGAAGUUGAUGGGGCGGGGAAUCCUCCCCCAAGCCCCAAACGUUCCUUCCCGGAUACCUCCAAAGGAAACCAAGAGAAUCACGACCCGUCCCUUUCUGUACCCAUUAAACAAUCUGCAUCACCAUCCAGCCGACAUUCCUUCACUUUGGAAGUACCCAUCAUGAACAAUGAUAAGAGUAUCGCGUCUGCUACUGUGACACCUACUGUGGGUGUAUCUACCGAAUCCAACCCUGCCCAACAAAUUGGCAGUGGCUCUCCGACGAAAUCUGGCCCGAUUGCCACUCCCGUUGCUAAGAAGCGCAAGUUGUCCCCGACUAGUCAACAAGCCAAGCAGCAAGAGAAGGAGGAGAAGGAGCGUCAGAAAGCGGAGGAGAAACACAAAAAGGAGGAGGAGAAGCGCUUAAAAGAAGAAGAGAAGAAGAAGCGCGAUGCUGCCAAGGAGGAAGAGAAGCGUUUGAAGGAGGAAGAAAAGAAGAAGCGUGAAGCCGAAAAGGAAGAAGAGAAAAAGCAGCGAGAGGAGAAGAAGAAAGCGAAGGAAGAGGAGAAGGCCGCUAGAGAAGCUGCCAAGGAGGAGGAGAAGCGUCGCAAGGAAGAAGAGAAACAGAAAAAGGAGAAGGCGCAACCCAAGCUGAAUUCAUUCUUUGCCAAACCGCGGCUCCCCUCAGCUCCCACUGGAGCUGCACCGGCCUCCCCGAGGAAGGCAGCUUCCACUGCUGUCGAUAACUCCACGGAAGCCUCUCAAGACACCCAGUCCGAUUACCAGAAGGCAUUCCCCGAGUUCUUCCUUCAGUCGCACACGGUUGUCGCACCCCCUCAUCGCUUCGAGCGGGACUCCGAAGCCCUGCAGCAUGUCCGCCAGAAAAUCGACGGCUAUAUGCAUCCCGAUAACACCUCAAGUCAACCUAUACCGUUUAAGCCAUCCGAGGUCUUUAACAUUAUUCCGUUCAGCCGACGCCGAGGUCGAAACAACCGGCCCGUUAAGGAGGUUUUACAGAAGAUCCAACUUGCAAGUGAGCUAUCAUCGCAGCCUGGCGUCAAACAAGACCCCGCGCGGGUUCAGAAUUUGCACAAUCUUCUCCGGAAAAUAACGAUAAAGUCCCUCAAGUUCGGAGAGGAUGUCCGGCCCCCCUACCAAGGCACAUACACGCGCACCGUGCCCGAGCCGUCAGUCAAGAAGCUCUGUCGCAAUCCGUACCACCGCGGUUUACCCGAUACCAACUAUGACUACGACUCGGAGGCCGAGUGGGAGGAGCCCGAGGAGGGAGAAGACCUUAACUCAGAGGACGAAGACGAGAUGAGUGAUGACGGGGAAGACGAUAUGGACGGGUUCCUGGAUGACGAGGACGAUGCGCUAGCCGGGGGCAAGCGACGACUCAUCGUCGGCGAGCUUGAACCUGUCUCCAGUGGAAUCCGUUGGGCGUCAGACGGUGUCGAUCCUGGGUUAAAGAGCUACCGAAUCGAAACGCUAUUGGACGCGGUCAAAUUCCCGAUCAAUCCGUUCUCGACUGCAUACUGGCAGAAGCCUCGGGCCGAACCCGCGGCGCCAAAGGGGCGGGUUGCUAUGAAUGGGUUGGAAGCGUUCCGGGUGAAUCCCACCACGAAUGCCCCCGCAGUCAGCAGUGCUCUGGCGCCGCCAACGUCGAAGGCGAAGAAACCGUUCCCUCCGGAAUCGCUUGAUGAGUUUAAGCAGGCCGUGGAUGGUAGCGAUCUCAGCAAAAUCGGGCUGGUGGAGAUCCUGAAGAAGAAAUUCCCAAAGGUGUCGAAAGAGACCCUCAAAGCGACACUGGACCAGGUUGCUGUCCGCGUAGGACAAAAAGAAGUUGAUAAGAAGUGGGUGUGCCGGUGA